GUAUCAGAUUUUAUUCAAGCAGUGUGUGGGAACAGAGGAUGUCUUCUUGGGGAUGAGCAGGAAAGACCCCUCCACAGCCUGCUGUGAAGAUAUGGUGAUUAAAAUCAAGCUGCCAGAGACAAAGCACUCAGACAUCGCAUUAGAUAUCCUGGACAAGGUUCUCGACCUUCGAACUCCCAAAAAGAAGCUGCUGCUGCACCUCCCCUAUCCUGUAGACAGCAAGAACGGUAAAGCUCGUUUUCUCUCUGAAGAGGAGACCUUGGAAGUCACUUUGAGAGUAUCAAGGGAGUUUGAUUUCAUAAAUUUUAUCUGA